AUGGAAGAAAUAUGUGGUGGAGAGUAUCAAAUAAUCAAGAAGAUUGGUCAAGGAAGUUUUGGAAAGAUUUACAUUAUCAAACAAGUCAAAACUGGUCUUUUAUUUGCAGCAAAACUUGAAAAUUCAGAUGCUCCGAUACCUCAACUCUUAUUUGAGUCCCGUUUAUAUCAAAUUAUGUCAGGGUCAACAAAUGUUCCUCGAUUGCAUGCUCACAGUUUCGAUUCUCGCUACAAUACCAUUGUUAUUGACUUACUUGGAAAAUCAUUAGAAGAGCAUCUAAAUAAAGUCAAUCGACGCAUGUCGCUUAAGACAGUUCUCAUGCUUGUCGAUCAAAUGAUAACAGCUGUUGAGUUCUUUCACUCGAAAAAUUACAUUCAUCGUGAUAUUAAACCAGAUAACUUUGUAAUGGGUGUUAACCAAAACUCUAACAAACUAUACAUCAUUGACUACGGUCUAGCCAAGAAAUAUCGAGAUGUAAAUACUCAUGAACAUAUUCCUUACAUCGAAGGGAAAUCUUUAACAGGAACAGCCCGAUACGCUUCCAUUAACGCUCUACUAGGCUGUGAGCAGUCCAGACGUGAUGAUAUGGAAGCAAUUGGCUACGUAAUUGUUUAUCUCUUGAAAGGCCAUUUGCCGUGGAUGGGAAUCGACGGAGCCACUAACCAAGAGAGAUACAGACGAAUAGCAGAAUGUAAGCGCGAUACUCCACUCGAAAAACUUUGCGAAGGACUUCCAUCCGAAAUUAUCACUUACAUACGAAAAGUUCGCAGUUUACGAUUUACAGAACGUCCCCAUUACGCAAGCUACAGACGUUUGUUCAGGGGAUUAUUCCGUGCCAUGCAAUUUACGUUUGAUUAUAUUUAUGAUUGGAGUCCACGCAAAGACAACGAUAUUCCUCCUGUUAGAUACACUCGCCGCAAAGGCCAGAUGCCAGUGAACGAGCGCAGACCUUCAAUCGAAGCAGUUUUCAGCGGGGAAAGGCGAAGAAGAUCCGAAGAAAACAUGAGAACAAUUGAUUUCGAAAAUGAAGAGAUUCCUGAACCGAAAAAGCCAGUAGAAGUGAAACAGAUCGAGUUAAGUUCAUCAUCAUCACAAGAUAAACCGAAAACGAAGCCGAAUUACAUGAGAGAAAUCGAUGCAAUAUUAAACAGAGUCAAGCCAGUCCAAACACCAAAAAUUGUUUCUCAUUUACCUCCUCCGCCAAUUGAAGAGCUGCCGAAGAAGCUCUGGAAAGAAGAGGAGAAGACACAUCAUCAUAGGAAACUCUCUGGACACAGAACUCAUCACCACGAAUCAAAGAGAGUCGUGAAGAAAGAAAAAACUAAAGUUGAAGAGGAAGAAGAGAUAAUUCCAAAGAGAUUCACAAAGAGAAAGGAACUGGAAAUGCCUUCUGAUGAUGAACCACUGACAAGUGUUGAUGAAUUCUUAAUUAGACGCGGUUUAAUGAAACCACGAAAACCUAAGAUAUAA